GCCCUCGCACCCCACUCGGGCUGAGCGCCUGCGUGGGACACACUCCGGAGGAGGAGGCUUCGCGCUCGCUCGCCCUCACCACGAGCUCACCCCUCACCACGAGCUCACCACGAGCUCACCCCUCACCACGAGCUCACCACGAGCUCACCCCUCACCACGAGCUCACCCCUCACCACGAGCUCACCCCUCACCACGAGCUCACCCCUCACCACGAGCAGCAGCAUCAGCAUCAUCAUCAGCGAGCUGCGCGCCCUCGCCGUCAGGCUGAGCUGCGUCCGUGCACGGAGGAGAGACGACGCGCUCUGAGAUGGAGGCAGUGGAGGCACGGGGGUCCACAGCAGCUGUAGCAGCAGCAGCAGCAGCUGUGGCUGUCCUCCCGCCACCCGCGGGGCAGGACAGCAAGGAGGAAGAGCUAUUGCCCUCACAGACUCAGGCAUGCAGGAAAAGUGUCGAGUUGUUCAAGGGUGAGGCUCCAGCGGCGGUGCUGGAGCCGGCCACAGGAGCAGCAGCGGAGCUCGGCGCGGAUCAACGCGAGCGGCCGUCAGGGCAAGAGGCACUCGCAAACGACGAUGCCAGCACAAACAUGGACCACCGAGGAGCAGACCUCGAGGCGGAAGGGGGCUGCUGCCCUGUCGUCGCGUCGUCCCACGUGAACACCGCCACUGUCGACGCGGUGCGCUUGUCAGAGUGCGGGCAAGAGCAACACGUGAAGCUUGAGCCGCUUGUGAACACCAACGGGACGGACGUGGAGGAGGGCGGCGGAACAAAUAGUGGCGACAUCGAAGUGGCUGCCAAUCCCGCGGGAGAACACCAACAAGACGCCCACUCCGACCCGGUGAACGGAACGGAGAAUGAAAGCGACAGUCAAACCGACGAAGCGACCGAUCGGCCCGAUGUCGAGCCAAAGCAGCGCGGCGAGCUGGAUUCCUCGAGCGCUUCUCAGGGCAACGAGGUUGGCUUCAAGAAAAUAUUUAAGUUCGGUGGCUUCAAGUUCACGAUGAAGAAGGACAAGGCCGCUCAACCGGAGCCCGCCCAUCUCCUGAAAGUGAGCAGAGGGGGGGAGGAGGGCGCCCCUUCUUCGGACGCGGCGCAUCAAACGCCCCGGCCACACGAGCCGGACGAGCAGCCGGCGGGGGUGAUGGAGCCCGCGCAGGCCGCUUACGCCGGCAGCGGCGGUGGGGCGCACGGGGCGGAGUGGAGCGGCGGUAGCGGCGGCGGCAGCAGCGGCGCCGGGGAGGAGGAGGACAUCGUCGACCUGGAGAUCGUCGACGAGGAGGAAGUCGCAGAAGCGAUAGCGGCGGAAGCGGCCGCCUCGCUCGCCGCCAGCAUCUGCAAGCCGCCCGCCGAGCCCCCGAAGGAAGAAGCUCCCGUGCCGCCUCUGAAGAAAAUGUCGGGGCUGUUCGCGGGGCUGCGCAAGAAGGCGGGCGACAAGCAGAAGCGCGAAGAGGGCGCCGCCAGAGCGGCCGCCGGAGACGCGUCGCAGCGUCCCGAUGACAGAAAAGCGGAGGUGGAAGGGAAGAUGGCCGAACUGGCAAGAGCGUUGGAGGCGCAUGCUGGUGGCGAAGAGCAGGCGCCCGACGACCAGCAGCCCUGCUCGUCCAAGUCGGAAGCCACGCCCGACGUCCUGGUGUCCACGGCCCACGUCCUCGAAGCGGCCACGUGCGAGGGAGCAGCGAGCGACCCGCCUGCAGGGCAGCAGCAGCAGGAGUUGGCGGCAGCGAAUGGCGAGAGCGCUCUGGAAACGGCAAAUAAGAGCAAAGCGACGAACGAAGCCGCUGCCGAUGACGACCACGACGGGGAUGCUACAGACACCUCUGCCAGGGCCAAGGCAAGGACUCAUGAAGGACCUCUGAAGAAAUUUUUCAAAGGCUCCGGAUUGAAAAAGUUACCGAGCCUGAAGAGGAAGGUGCCCAAGGAAAGAGAAGAGAGUGAACACUUCACUGGCGACGAGGGUGAAUCGGGAACGGACGGGAAACGAGCGCAAACUUCCAUUUCCGUGGAAGACAAUAAUCCGGGGUCCCCGGCGCACGCAAAGGAAGCAGAAACUAAAUCGGAGGAUUCGCUGCAUCCUGGCGCAGCGGCCGUCGUGGCAGAGGGCAGGAACGCCGGCGCUGUAAGAAAGCGAGAGGGCAUCACGGUCUGGUCUUCUUUCAAGAAGCUCGUGACCCCUAAGAAGCGCGUGAAGAGAGCGGCCGAGAGCGACACGGACGACGACCCGGAGGACCGGGCGGACGAGCGCUCGAAGAGCGGCGCGCCGGCCGCCGAGGGCAAGUCGCAGGAGACGCACGGAGCAGCGGAGGAGGUGAAAGUGACCGUGGAGGUGCACGGCACCGCGGAGCCCGCCGCCGUCGUCGCCGUCGUCACGGCAACCGCAGCGGCAGACGUGGCGGCGGAGGACGCGUCAUCGGAGGCCGCUUUGGAGCCGGCGGCCCUCGCCGUGGCGGCGAGUGACGAGGCGCGGGCGGACGAGGACGCCGCGGUCUGCGACACGGCACCGGCUGCGUCUGACGCGGAAGUCGCGGACGGUCCGGAGGUGGCGGCGGUGGAGGCGGCAACGGCGGCAGGAGAGGAAGAGCGGCGCGAUGAGAGCGAGUCGGCUACCGGAUCCCCCGAGGGGACCGAGACGACGGCCGGGAGCGGCGGAGGAGCGGAGGGCGCGGCGGCGGCGAAGCGGGGGGACGACGACGCGCGAGCUGGCGACUCGCCCAAGCGCGAGUCCGCCUGGGAGUCCUUCAAGCGGCUCGUGACGCCCAAGAAGAAGGCGAAGGCCAAAGGCGACAGUCAGGCGGCCGGCGGGGACGAGGAGGACGCCUUGCAGCGGGCAGCUGCGGAGUUGAAGCGGGACGUGGAGCGAGCCGCUCAAUCGCAAACGGAAUCCCCGAAGCGCGAGUGCGCGAAGGCGGAGAACCCUUCCGCCGCCGGAUGGUCGAUCAAGAAGCUCUUUCCGGGGAUGAGGAGAAGAAAGACCGACGCCGACGCGGAGGGCGCCGAGGCGGAAGCGGCCGCCUCGCCGGCGAGCGGUCGCGUCAAGUGCGCCGAGGUCCACCAGGACACGCCGUCCGUCGUGCCGCUGUCCGAGUUCGAGUCGGGAGAUCUGUCGGUUCAAGUGGAGCGUCCGACGGCCGUUGAGGAGGCCGAGCUGUCCGUCUCCCAAGAACCGCCUCCCGAAGCCGCUUCCGAGGUCGUGCUCGGCGUGCCCACGGAGGCGGCGGUGGCGGCGGUGGCGGCGGUGGCGGCGGUGGCGGCGGUGGCGGCGGUGGCGGCGGUGGCGGCGGGCGGUGAUGGCAUUUUGAACAAAGCUGGCGAGCCGUGCUACGAUAGAGAGGAGGGCGGGAGCUCCGACACGGCGUCGCUGGUGAGUGCGAAUGCAGCAGGACCAACAGAUGGUGCUUCGCGUACGGAUCAACCUGCGGGUGCGGCAUCUGAAACAUCAGUUACAACGAGCGACGAUCGUUCACAACACGGCGGCGCGCUUGUGAAGGAAGGAGAGUCGAACGCCCUCCAAAACGUAACUGUGGACAACAACUUGGCGCAGGUAAAACUCGUAGCGGAUGCGCCCUCGGUCACAGCCACUCGGCUCCAAACGCCCGACAGUGAAGCCGCUCGUGAAGGUUUAAAAGAAAUGUCCCCAAGCCUGAUUUUGACCGAAAGUGCACCAGAGAAACCGAAUCCGUCGCCGGAGGAGCGUGACGAAGAGAACGCCGAUAAGGACUGUGCGCCGGUGGUUUGUGUGGUCGCCGGUGCCGAGAGUGAGCCGUGCACCGCCGUGCCGGAGGCCGCUCGCGCGGUGGACGGUGGGAUAGACGGCGCAUCCGGUGGUUUUAGCAGCACAGCUCGCUUACCAGACCUUGUGACCGACGCUUCAGCAGCUAAAGAGGGGAGCAGAGCUCAGGAUCUCCCCGGUGACAUUCUGGCCACAGACAUUGGCUGCAGUUUGAAUGGAAAGCAACAACGUCUGCAAUCGGAGUGCCAGGAGGUUCAACUCAAGCAGACCACCGUCCAGUCGGCCGCCAACGUCGCCCAACAAACGAUCGAGCAGAACGCAACUGGGGAAACGCGUUCGAGUUGGGCGGCCGAAGAAAUGGCCGAAGAAAUUCCCGUGCAGUCCGUGAAGGAUGCCAUGGAGGCUUACAAAAUCCCCUUGGAGACCAUGGUCAUGCAAGCUCCGCACGGCCAGGAUCUGGAGGUGAUCAUGGAGGAAGACGCCGAGAGUCCGCCCAUCUCCGGCGCAGCCGCUGCGCCUGACGGCGCGCGGCCGACGCCCGCGGCGGCCAAGGUGAACGCCGAGGAGCGCGAGUGGCCGACGGCAGCGGCGGCAAACUCGGAGGCGGCGCUUGAGGAAGAAACUGUGGAGGAAAGUGACUACGGGAAAGGGCUGCCUGUUAAUCACGACGCCCACAACAACAGCAACAAUCAUCAUCAUCGUGACGAUGUCAACAGCCAAGCGCCUCUUGAUUGUGCCUCUGUGGAAGGCGGCAAGGCAUCUGAAAUAACCAGCAAGGCAAUUCCAAACAGCGCUGGCAGCGUCGAAACACUGUCACAGCAGAAACGUGCAGAUGGGCCUAUGAGCGAGAACAAUGGACCCGAGGAUUUGUCCUCGGCAGUACAAAUGGAUAAAGCGCAGCAGCUUUUGGAGAAUAGCCUGGGCAACAGUAACUCAAAGGAUUCCGCGGCGCAAGCGGAAACGGCCGCGGAUCACACGCAAGAGACGCCGCCGCCGCCGCUCUCCGAAGGGGGUCUGCUCAUGGCUGCCGCACAGUCCUCUGUGAGCUAGAGCCCUCCAGGGCCGCCUGUCCGUUGCUUACCGGGACACGUGGCAUCACGAGUGAAGCCCUCAACCUGAAUUGCUGCUUGGACCAGUCCCAGCGAACCCAGCUCCCUCUGUCGAGGAGCAGCAACACGUGUGAGCUGCUGUACAGUAUUUUGUAUUCCAAGGGGCUAGGGGUGGAGAGGAAGGACCAUCCUGGUUUUUUGUUUUUGUGGUUGUUGUAGCUUACUGGGAGACUUACCCUGGAAAAUGUGGGGAGACGCACUCCCUCACACGCCGGCGACACUUCGCACAUGUGGACUUCGUUUUCACAUGCAGUACAUCCUCGUUCGUGCCGUGGUGUGGAACAGUUGUAUCAUUCUAACAGUAGACGUAGUAAACGCAAAACAGCUUACAAGUUUAUAUACACACACACACCUACCUAUGGCUGUUAAUAACAUGAGUGGAAGAGUUGAAGAGAGAGAGAGAGAGGGAAUAAAGAAAGUGUAUACGCUAUAACGGUAAUCACAGUAAUCAGUUGGUGGCUGGUUAGUCGCAGCUGGUUUGGGCCAGGUCCUACUCGUGAAAUUAUUUUUUUAAUAAAACGUUAACACUACUUACCUGCUAAUUAUAAAGAUUAUAAACUGAAUGUACCUCGCUCACUCCUCCCAAUCCGCCUCCCCCCCCCACCGCUGUUGGCGUAGAUAACUAAUCGAGUCGGUGAUGUUCCUGCUCAAAAGAGCAUUGAGGCGGAGUGGUCACCCGCUGUUUGCAGCCCUGAGCCAGCGAUGGAAAUUCCACAUUCCUAUAGUGGGGGCGAGUAUUUCAUAGGACCACCACUGUCGACUUUCCCACAAAGUGGUACCUAUUUGAUUGACCACGGGGGGAUGAUGGGCAGAGUUCAACCCCCAAUUAGCAUUUUUAUUUCAAACCUUUCAAACCUGAGCCUCUUGCUCCCGGCGCAAUAUAUUCUUAGCAGCUGGCCGCCACUGAUGGUAAGACAUGUUGUGAACGUGUUCACUGAUGAGAGGCAGAUGUGCAGGUUUUUGGAAAUAUCGUGUUUGCUGUGUGAUUCACUGCAAGCAGCUAAGUUUGCGGAAUGCAACGCUUUCAAAGUUAUUCCUCCUCGUCCUGCUUUUAAUGACUUUUUAUUUUACAUUUGCUUUUUUUAAAAAUAGUCACAUUAAAAAAAUUCCACAGCGAGGCCAUCCCUCACGAUGUGCAGAGGCUCAAGGCCAUGAUACUAAACUGGUGACAUUGUAAGGCAAUUCCCACGGCUAACUGUCACUGGCGAUGCGUUUACUGUGAGCAGCUGUGGUGGCAUGGCAUGGCAAUAGACUUGGUAUGGCAAUGGAGACUUGGUAUGGCAAUGGGGUCUCGGAAUGGCAAUGUACUUAGUGAGGCAAUGGGGUCUUGGUAUGACAAUGGUAUGGAAUGAUGGAAUCAUGUCUGGACAAUGAAAAACCUGUUUAAAAGUGCGUUUGAUGAACGAUGAUUGGUCUACAUGGCACACAGCUUGAGGUAGCCAUGUGACCUUAUCUGUGCAGUGAUUAUUCCGCAGAGCACGCAACCUCGGGUCGUCGUGUGACCUCUGUGAUCUGAUUGAAAGUCACAAUUCAAGUUGCCCAUUUUGCGAGCAGUUAUCGCACAUUUGUCCAGAUUCGGCCAAAUUAAACAUGUUACAAUAAACAAUGGCGUGGCAACCGUUACCAGCAAACAAUUACAAUACAACUCAAUAGUGAAUCAAUUAUCUUAUUGGUUGUCCACCGGUGGUCUAUCGUGGUUCGAGUUUGGGAUCGUACAAACUCCACGUGGGUUUUGUUAAAUUGCAGGCGAAAUGUGCAGGUGGUUAGCAGAUUAAUUCGAAUGUUGGGGCUGUUGCCAGACGAGUUCUCCUGGGACACCGCGUGGGUUUCAAGCUCUGGACUCGCCAAGGCAGAGAGACGUGUUGAACUCCCAAACACUCGAGCCAAGAGCCACAAUCACUGUGUCCAUCAGGCUAUCUGGCGGUUGCCAUGGUGAGGAGCACAGGUGGUGCAUCUGCCCGUCAUCUCAAUCAGUCACCCCAUAAUACCUGGGUCUGUCCCAUAACCUGCCAGCAAAACUUUGACACCUCAAAGUGCACCUAGCCUGGCACAAGCACUGUGGUGGUAUCACUGUCCUUUAAGGUAACAUGGCAGCUGUUGCUCGAGCGGUUAUGGGUUGCUUGAUGUAUUUUCCCUACAUAGGCUCAUGGAGCAGUUUCUAGAAAUGCAAUUGAGUGAGCUGACAUUCUCUAAUUACAGUUAUCGAAUGACUAGCUUGAGCAAAGAGACUAUAUCUGAAGAUUCGGCUAUAUUCACACGCAGCAGAAGAUGUGUGUAUUUCACCAGAUGAGACUGAUGAGACCUCGUUCAGAGCUCUGUUUAAGUGUCUGUACACUUCAUGAGAGAAUAGCGACGCUCCGAUGUGAUAGAGACAACAGUAAGUUGUCUGUGAACAUCUCACUCCACUGCACAUCGCUCCCAUUCUUCCAGCAUGCUUAAAUAGCCCCCAAUUACAGUGGAACUUCACUCAAACCAGGUGAAUAUAAUCAAAGACUUACCUAAUUUACAUGUUUUAAAUGAACACGUGACUACAUUUUAUUUUAUAAACUGUGUAAUGGAAAGUAUAAGCCAUGUAGAUUGAUUCAAAUUGAUAUGUACAGGAUGCUAUAAUUGAAAUAGAUAUAGGUUCAAGGUAUAAACAUUAUAAGAGAGUUAUUAUAUAACUGUGUGUGAAAUAGCCUAUGACCCUGUGGUGAUGCAGAGAUGUUAUGUGACCCUAAUGCGAAGUUUUAUUUGCAAAAUCCUUCAUUUAUGAAAUGCUCAUAGAGCUAUUGCAUAUGAAUUAAUUGACUCAUUAGAUUCAAGCCCUUUCUCAACCCCACUACUGCAUGAAAGCCUCCUCCUCACCCUGCAGCUUGUGGGAGUUGUUUGACCAUACUUCACCACGCUGGUCAGUGCAGAUUGGUGAAACUCGCAGGGAGGUCACCCAGGACCAGUUGUGUGGUUGUUAGUCGUGACCGGGAGUCGAACUCAGGUCACCAGGUUCAUUACACAGGGAACGAACCACUGUGCCACUGCUCCCCGAGUUCUUACACAGUCAGUUUCCUUUCGUUUUUGCUGUCGUUACAAACAAUAUUAGCACGACGGUUGAAAAAGAAUGUGUCUUAAGUCACAGAGUAUUCAAUUAAAUAUCACAACUCUGGAAAUUGACUUUUCAAAAAGAACCAAUGUAGAAAUGUGUUUGAAUGUAGCAGUCUCUCGUGGCUGGAGGGGUCACACGAUCUCAUUACACAACUAAUAUGAAUAGAAAAACAUUGAUAAACAAGUGAUUUGAUACCUGUAUUGUGAGAUAUUGAUAAAUACGUGCUUUGAUGUCUGUAUUGUGAGAUAUAAGGUUCAAUAUAAAAAUUAUCAAUUGAUGCAUUGUGACAUCCCCGAAUAAAUAGAAUAAACGUUACUGGCUUUAGUGGUAUUAGUGGUAUUUUACAUCGAAACUUGCUGUUUUAGAGUAUCUGAGUUGGAAUUUAUCUCAUUUAAUGUUUUUAAAAUGUAUAACUGAAGUUCCACUUUAAAGUUAGAUGAAGCUUUUUGUUGAACGGUAAUUUCCUUUACGUAAGAGAACCCAAUAUGCUUCACUCUGUCCCCUUACUGCCAUGCCUCUGUUUAAGUACUGUAAAUAUGCAAUCGUGUUACAAAUAUGUAUACCUAUUUAAACAUUUAACAAUAAUAUACUGAUGCUGUGAUUUUCAUACGACCGUAUAUUUCAAUGUGUUGCAUGAAAGCGAGGCGCUGUUUGCGUGUUUGUAUAUGACAUGCAAACGCAUUGCAAACUUCCACUUUGCUAAGUGUCGGGAGAGAAUGCAAAAAAGCUCCGCUUCCAAAUUAUAACAAUACGCUCCGUUUUGAAUGUUCCCCGUGUGAAACUAAAUAUCAUGUUCAUGAACUUGUUUCAGUGGCAUUUAAAAAAGAAAGAUGAUUCCACACAGUAAGGAUGUUUGUCAUGGUGUGAUGGUCGGCAUGCUGGACCGACAACCCGGGGUUCGUCGGUUUGAUGUCCCAGGGGUGGAAACAUGGCGCAAGCUUCUGCGAUCCAGCCCCGCGACUCUGUCCGGCAGGCAGUGUCGAUGGGGACGCCGCAGUUUGCCCAUCAGCAGGUGGCGUGUGGUGGGGUAAAGUGUGGGUACUCACACAUCCUCUUAAGACGUUUGGUCAGCGUGGAGGAGGCCAGAUGGCCUCCAGUGUGGCUCUGUCUCGACAGGCUCCUCUGGUGGAGGCCGUUGUGACAGCAAGUGGGGUAAGCAAGACGUUUGCUGGGUUCCACAUUCGCCUUCCACCUGUCCAGUGAGCAAACGUUAAAGAUUGACAGAAUGGGAGUUAUUGUUAAUCCGCAUCUAAUUCCUGGUUGAAAUUGUGAAGAUUUAUGGUAAUAAUACAGAAUAUGGGCCUGACACUGGGUCAGGUAGAAUACGUUGUGUUCAUUAAACAAAAAAUGCUACUUGGAUGCAAUAUAAUACAAGUUUCACAAAGCCUAUAAUUUACAAAGUAAUUCCGUCAAUGCUGUUAAAUAUGCUAUAGAAAAACAAAUCAACAACCCUGAAUGUGUCCAAGUAAAAGCUGACCUGAUCAACAUGCAGUGUAUUAAAGAACUGAAACUUCUUCACAAAGUUUGAGAUAAAUGUAUUGCAACGUAUAAAUGUUAAGUGAACUAUCUUAACAAAUACUUGUUCGCGUGAAGCAUUCUCGUCAUCAACCCCCCUUGAUGAGUGAGGCUCGUCGCAAACUCGGCUGUUAUGCCGUGACCUUUAUAUCAGCACGACAAGGAGGAGAUGUCUCGUUCAUGAGGGUCGAUCGGCUUUGAUCUCGUGGGCUACAGCGACUUACUGUCCAAUUGUGGCCAAUGAAAAAUCUGCGAGUGGCUCCCGUGUCUGGCACAGCAAGUCAAUCGCUCUUGCAAACCAGUCAUUGUAUUACCCAGCAUGCUUCACAGCAGUCUGAUAAGUUGCCAUGCAGUGGUUUGCGGUCGGGGUUUUGUGCUUUUGCCAGGAACCCUGUCGAUUGGUAGGAGUGCUCUCACCAAUAACAACAUCUGGUAAAGCAGCGGCAUUUUUGUUGGCAGUAUGUGUUAGACCCAGAAGGUGAAAACUGGUCUAGAGUGUUACAUGCUUAAAUAACUGCUGCUGGUGAUGAAGUUCUAGAAGGCAAAUAAAACAUAAAACAAACUAUUUCAUGUAAUUCCCUGGAUUUUUCCACAACAGUAAGUCAUUAAAAUAAUGUCCAUAAAAGCGCUUUGCAUCAGAUGUAUGAGUAAUAAAGGUUAAACAACAGCACUCUAUGCUUAAGACAUACUAACCAGUCAUUUAUCCUGUUUUAGUGGGAACUCCAUUUGAGUUAAAUGUAUGAAGUAAGUGUUAAGUGCAUUUUCUCUGCGAGAGUAAUCGCAGCACGUCACAUAUUCGACUGGCUGGGGCCUGAGGUCCAGGCGGAUCUGUGUGAAGGGGUCGGAUGUGUGAAUCUGUAGAAAAUGACCGUCACGCACAGACACUGCACUGGGUGUGGGCGGCUCUGACUGGUGUGUGAUGCAUCAUCAAGACCCGACUCUGCUCCCAACGCAUUGUAAACGAUUCCACGCGUGAGAAAGGCUGAAUGUGCCAUGCGUGUAGCGGUGCAUGGCGAGCAGCCCUGAUGAGCCACAGGAUUUAGAAGUUGUACCAUUUCCAAAUGCAAGUAGCGUAGAUUAGCAUUUAAGCUUUGAACUUAGCUCUACCACGGCAGUGUCAUUAAAACGCAUGCUGUGAUAUAUCUUGCCCAUCUACAAAACUAACUGCAUUAACUGAAGGGAGAUAAACAGAUGGAUGCUUACUCUUUGCCAUAAGGCUCAUUUAAUUUGCCGGCUGUGCAAGUUGCGCGCACUGUGUUUUUGUAACAUUUGCAAUGUGAAAUUUAUUUCAAAAAUUAAAAUGUUAGACAUA